UGCCUGGACAUCUGAACUACUGGGGUAGGACGACCCUUGUGAGAGACUAUAUGGCCAUGGGCAAGGCUGCUGUGAGGAUCCAUAAUGUCAUCGCACUUGAUAAUGGAACAUACUGGUGCCUCUUCAAGGAAGGCAACGUUUCCAGCAGGGCUGCCCUGCAGCUGCAGGUGGCAGGGCUGGGCUCUGAGCCCACAAUCAAAGUGACCGAGGACCAGCACGGAGGCGUCAGGGCAGAGUGCACCUCAGAGGGCUGGUACCCGGAGCCCCAGGUGGAGUGGACAGACUCCACGGGGAAGGUGAUAGUUUCUGUGCCAAAUCUCUCAGCCUCCAACACCACUGGCCUCUGGGCUGUGGUGUCCAAUGUGUCCAUUGAGGACCGGACUGUGGAGAGUGUCUCCUGCUCCAUCUCCAGCCCCCUCCUCCCCGAGACGAAGGUGGCCAAGACCCGCCUACCUGAUUUCUUCUUCAGAAGGUCCCCAUUGAUGGUGUGGACAAUAGCUGUGCCUCUGAUCCUUGCCGCAGUGGGACUCAUAAUAGCUUUGGUCAUCUGCCUCUUCUGGAAACGUAAAAGGGAAAAGAACAGGAAAUCUCUGGAAGAAGAGAGAGAACAAAGAGAAGAGGAACAGAGACAGCAAGACAGCGGGGACAAGGUCUUGCCACUGUCUGCAGUGAGCCCAUCCUUGGACCCAGACACUGCAAGUCCCAAACUCAGCCUGUCAGAGGAUUGGAAGAGUGUCAGGCGGCUGCGCUUUGCCCAGGACGUGGCCCCCAGCCCUGGAAGGUUCGACCGGGACCCCUGUGUCCUGGCCCAUGAGCAGUUUAGCACCGGGAGGUAUUGCUGGGAAGUAGAGGUUGGGGAAAGGGGGGCCUGGAUCCUGGGCGUGUGUCUGGAGGGCAUAGGUCGGAAGGGAUGGAUCCCCAAGUCCCCACAGAAUGGGUUCUGGGCACUGGAGCUUCACAAGAGGAGAUACAGGGCUCUCUCCUACCCCAGGACCCGCCUGUAUCCCUCCAGGCCCCUCCGCCAGGUGGGUGUUUUCCUGGACUGUGACAAAGGAGAAGUUUCCUUCCACAAUGUGACAGAUGGGUCCCAGGUGUACCAGUUCUCUGGGCUCUCUCUCCUUCAGCCCCUAAAGCCGUUCCUCUGCUUGUGGACACAUGAUUCCCACCCUGUGACCUUCUGCCCAGUAGUCAGAGAGAUGCAUGAUGAGACAGAUUGGCCCCCCUGGAGGCCAAAAAUUGCACCCUUAGAGACCUCUGGCCUUCCCCAGGGAACUCCCAUUAAGGAGAAAGCAGCAUCGUCCUCAAUUAACAGGGACACCCUCCAGACAAGGCUCACAUUCUCCUCACCUGAGACGACCAGCUCUCCAGGAGAAACACCCAGUCCCUGACACCAAGUCACUGGACUGU